CACCGUGAUGACGCGUCAUCAGCGUCAUAGUUUGCGACGCGCUUGUUGUUUUUCGAAGAGGGAUCGUUUUGCUGAAAGUGUUUAACAGCAAACUCAAAUCCAGCGCUUCGUCAAAAUGUCUCUGCACGACGACGAGUCCUCGGAUAUGGGACUAGCGGGUCAAUCCAAGCUGGAGAGCUUCCUAUUCAGCUGCGAGCUGUCCUCUAAAGUUCCUUUCUACACUUUCCAAGGAGAUGAAGAGGAGGACCUGGAGCACUUCCUUGAACUCAGAACGGUCUGUUUGGGAGAAGGUGCUAAGGAGGAGAGUAACGUGGUGGAGGUAACAGCUAUGAAUCACCAAGGAAAGACUAUUUCAGUGCCAAUUGCCAACCUUCACAUCAGCUGCCUGCCUAUGGUGAGUUUGGGAGAGUUUGAGUUGAAAGCCCCAGUGACCAUCCGGCUCAAGGCUGGCACAGGACCAGUUACUGUCAGCGGGUUACACCUCAUAGCCUCGCAGGUCGAAGACUCCGACAUGUCUGAUGAAGACGACGAUGACGACGAUGAAGAGGAGGAGGAAGAGAUCACCCCCAUUAAACCAGCAAAGAAGAAGCAGAAGAUGUAGGCUGAGAGGUCGUCGAUGGGUUUUUUCUUUAUUUUUUUUGGAGUGUUUUAAGAAAUAACAGUCGUUUUGUACCAGACGGGACACAUUUUACAAAGUUAAUACUUAUUCCACACAGCCACAUGAAAGCUUAGUGUGGUGGCAGCUGAACACGCUGUUGGAGGAAGGAACAUCGUGACAGGAGCUCUGAUUGUUCUCACCUCUUUUACUCCUCAGUUUCUCACCGCAAGCUCUCGGUAUCUGCAGUGAAUUAAACUGUGGAUGCAACAUUCACUUCUAGAAGAACUGUUUUUGCUAUUAAACGCUACCUUGCGUUUUAUACUGUACAUGUUACAACCACCACAGACAUGGAUUUAUCUCACCAGUGGUGGGAAAACAUCGUCUUAUACUCUCACCAUUGGAUUCUGGUAUUUAUAAAAGUAAAACAUAGUGUGUGUACUUGUGUCAGAGAGAGAAAGUGUUUCCAGAUCAGCGUGAUUUCCAAUUAAAUUGUGCAAUCAAAUUAAUUAAAUGUUCUUGGUUCACAAGAGUAUCUCCAUUUCCAGCUGUUUGUAGUUCCAAAAUACUGUUUUUCUAUGUACUAUGUCAAUCAUAAAUGUGAAAAUUUUGUACUUGUAAUGAAUGCACCAAGAAAGCA